AUGGAAUGGGAGGAAAAGGAGAAGGUAGUGGGUGAAUGCAGCAGAGAACGACCGUCUCCAUGGAGGUGCAGGGAUGGAGGUGCAGGGGUGAACGCCCGGAGAGAGAGAGAACAGAGAAACAACAACAAUAACAACAACAACAACAACAACAACAACAACAACAACAACAACAACAACAACAACAACAACAACAACUACAACUUGUAUUCAAGAAUAUUCUCGCUCCUUCCUCCCUUUCCCCCUCAUGCAAGCUGA